GGCGGCGGCACGGGCGGGCGCACGCGCGGCCAUUGGAGGCCCCGGGCCGAGCCGCUCCCUCAGCGCCGGUACCGCCGGAACCGCCACAACCGCCGCCACAGCGGCAGCGGCCGGGCACCGGCACCCAGCGCCCCGCCGAUGCGCCGGGCCCCCAUUGGCUGAGGAGCGAGGCGACACCUGCGUCAGACCCCCGGCGCUGACGUCACGGGAGCCUGAGAGGGUGCAAAGGCUGUGAUGAAGAACCAGGGGGUGGAGGCCAAGGCAGCUCCACAUCCUUCCAGAACCAGCAGCGGGAUGGGGCUGGAAGAGGGAGACUCACCCGAGGCUGCAGCUCCCCCAGAAGCUCCCCAGGAAGAUCCCAAAUCCUCUGGCGACGUCUCAGAAGAGCUGAGCAGGCAGCUGGAGGAUAUCCUGAGCACCUACUGUGUGGAUGCCAGCCAGGAGAACCCAGGGGAGGAUGGGGGGCACGGGGAGCCCCCCGAGGAGCCCGACAGGGGGCGCAGUGACUCCCCCAGGAACGGGGAGCAGGAGCCGGGGGGCCCCGAGAUCAACGGGGAGAAGGAGAACUCCAAGGGCAGCGAGGAGGCCGGGGACAGGGACCACAGGAGAGCUCAGGAGAAGAAGAAAGCCAAAGGUUUAGGCAAGGAAAUCACUUUGCUGAUGCAGACCCUGAACACCCUGAGCACAUCAGAGGAGAAACUGGCAGCUCUGUGCAAGAAAUACGCUGAGCUGCUGGAGGAGCACAGGACCUCGCAGAAGCAGAUGAGGAUGCUGCAGAAGAAGCAGAGCCAGCUGGUGCAGGAGAAGGAUCACCUGCAGAGCGAGCACAGCAAGGCCAUCCUGGCGCGCAGCAAACUGGAGAGCCUGUGCCGGGAGCUGCAGCGGCACAACCGCACCCUCAAGGAGGAGGGCGUGCAGCGAGCCAGGGAGGAGGAGGAGAAGAGGAAGGAGGUGACCUCUCACUUCCAGGUGACCCUGAACGACAUCCAGCUGCAGAUGGAGCAGCACAACGAGCGCAACUCGAAGCUGCGCCAGGAGAACAUGGAGCUGGCCGAGAGGCUCAAGAAGCUCAUCGAGCAGUACGAGCUCAGGGAGGAGCACAUUGACAAGGUGUUCAAGCACAAGGAGCUGCAGCAGCAGCUGGUGGAUGCCAAACUGCAGCAGGCCCAGGAGAUGCUGAAGGAGGCAGAGGAGAGGCACCAGCAGGAGAAGGAUUUUCUGCUGAAGGAAGCUGUGGAGUCCCAGAGGAUGUGUGAGCUGAUGAAGCAGCAGGAGACCCACCUCAAGCAGCAGCUGGCUCUGUACACUGAGAAGUUUGAGGAGUUCCAGAACACCCUUUCCAAAAGCAGUGAAGUGUUCACAACGUUCAAACAGGAGAUGGAGAAGAUGACCAAGAAAAUCAAGAAGCUGGAGAAGGAGACCACCAUGUACCGCUCCCGCUGGGAGAGCAGCAACAAGGCCCUGCUGGAGAUGGCAGAGGAGAAAACCCUGCGGGACAAGGAGCUGGAGGGGCUGCAGGUGAAGAUCCAGCGCCUGGAGAAGCUGUGCCGCGCGCUGCAGACGGAGCGCAACGACCUCAACAAGAAGGUGCAGGACCUGUGUGCCCACACAGAGCUGCUGGAGCCCCUGAAGGAGGCACCACGGGACAGCUCUGAGGCUGCUGCAGAUCCCCCGAGCCCAGGAAAGGCCCCACGGAGCCCGGAUCCCACGGGAAGCCUGGCAGAACUGAGCACGGGGCAGAGCGGGACUGAGCAGGGCACUGACUGAGCCCCAGCUGGGUGAGGGAGGGGGGACCUGGGAGCUGCUUUAGAUUCCACUCUCCCUGUCCUGGGCCAGCUGGGAAAAGGACAGGACACAGCCCUCCUGGGGAUGGGAGAUUGCCUAGUUUAGGUUUUUGGAGGGAUUUUUUUUAAAAGAUUUUAUAUAUAUAUAUACAUAUAUAUAUAUAAGAUAUAUAAAAAUGUGCAGGGCAACAAUUUAUAUCUAUGGAAAGAAGCAGAAGGGCCCAGCUCCCUGCCUGUGUGAAUAUUGAAAAUCUGGAGGCUCAGCUGAUUGUCCCUCUCACUAAAGGACCUGGGGACAGGCACAGGGACAAGGGACACGCCACCACCACCACAAGGACUCCACUCUGGAGUGACAGCAGAGCUGGGAGAAUUCCAGAACAUUCCCAGCACUGGAUUCUCCCUCUUCCCCCUGCCAGGCAGGAGGAGCUCCUGGUCUGGCCCUGCUCGUGUGUGAGCUGAGGGCACCAGAGGCCGUUCCCUGCUCUCCAUGGGCUCUGUGCCUGCACUGGGGACCAGGAGAAGCAGCAAAAGGGGGUGUCUGGUCCCUCCCUUGGGAUUUUUUUUGCUCUUGCCAGGCCCUGCCAAUCUCAAAACCGCCUUAUAAUUCACAGUUGCCUCUUUGCUGAACGCACACGUGCACAAAGUGUAUUAAACAGUUAUCCCAAAGGUCUCAUUUUCCCAAGUGUUGGCAUCGUUGUGCACAGGGACUGGGGAGGUGCCCCCCAGCCCUGGAGGCAUCCACGGAGCUGGGACUGCAGGAGGAUCCAACCUCAGAGCUGUGUGAGCUCCAUGAGCUGUGUGAGCCCCUGGAGCUGCUGCAGGAGGAUCCAACCUCAGAGCUCUGUGAGCUCCAUGAGCUGUGUGAGCUCCAUGAGCUGUGUGAGCCCCUGGAGCUGCUGCAGGAGGAUCCAACCUCAGAGCUCUGUGAGCCCCUGGAGCUGCUGCAGGAGGAUCCAA